GAGAAAAAUCAUCUCGGCCAGCAGCGGUCCCAGUCGUGUGUCGUCGUUCCUCUUCAACGUGAAACUUGUACUUGGCAAGUGACCGUGCUACGGUGUUGGCUGAAUCUUCCCGUGUUCCCGCAGAGUGGCACAAACGAGCGAGCAGUUGAUUGGAGAUUGUAGCGGACACCACUAAUCCGGCAAAAGUAGUGCGAAGAUGUCGACGAUGUACAAUAAAACUUUGUCGGCCCACCAGGCCCACAAGGAGCAUGUGCUGGCCGUAUCCCGGGACUUCAUCUCGCAGCCCCGAUUGAUCUACAAAACUGUGUCCGGUGUGAACGGACCGCUGGUCAUCCUGGAUGAGGUUAAAUUCCCGAAGUUUGCUGAAAUUGUGCAGCUACGCCUUAGCGAUGGCACGAUCCGCUCCGGUCAGGUGCUGGAAGUGAGCGGCUCGAAGGCCGUCGUACAGGUGUUUGAGGGUACCUCUGGUAUCGAUGCGAAGAACACGGUGUGCGAGUUCACUGGUGACAUUCUGCGUACUCCGGUGUCCGAGGACAUGCUGGGUCGUGUGUUCAACGGUUCCGGCAAGCCCAUCGACAAGGGACCGCCGAUUUUGGCGGAAGAUUUUCUCGACAUUCAGGGCCAACCGAUUAACCCGUGGUCCCGUAUCUACCCCGAGGAAAUGAUCCAAACCGGUAUUUCGGCCAUCGACGUGAUGAACUCGAUUGCCCGUGGGCAGAAGAUUCCCAUUUUCUCGGCCGCCGGUCUGCCGCAUAACGAAAUUGCCGCCCAGAUCUGUCGUCAGGCUGGUUUGGUGAAGCAAACGGGUAAGUCGGUGUUGGACGAGCACGAGGACAACUUUGCCAUUGUGUUCGCCGCUAUGGGUGUGAACAUGGAGACGGCCCGCUUCUUCAAGCAGGACUUCGAGGAGAACGGUUCCAUGGAGAACGUGUGCCUGUUCCUUAACUUGGCCAACGAUCCGACCAUCGAGCGUAUCAUUACGCCUCGUCUGGCGCUGACUGCAGCCGAGUUCCUCGCGUAUCAGUGCGAGAAGCACGUGCUGGUUAUCCUGACCGACAUGUCUUCGUACGCUGAGGCUUUGCGUGAGGUGUCGGCCGCCCGUGAGGAGGUGCCCGGCCGUCGCGGUUUCCCCGGUUACAUGUACACCGAUUUGGCCACCAUCUACGAGCGCGCUGGACGUGUUGAGGGACGCAAUGGAUCUAUCACUCAGAUCCCGAUUCUGACGAUGCCUAACGAUGACAUCACCCAUCCGAUUCCCGAUUUGACGGGUUACAUUACCGAGGGACAGAUCUACGUCGACCGUCAGCUGCACAAUCGUCAAAUCUAUCCGCCAGUGAACGUGCUACCGUCGCUGUCGCGUCUGAUGAAGUCGGCCAUCGGUGAGGGCAUGACGCGCAAGGAUCAUUCGGACGUGUCCAACCAGCUGUACGCGUGUUACGCCAUCGGCAAGGACGUGCAGGCCAUGAAGGCGGUCGUCGGUGAGGAGGCGCUCACACCAGACGAUCUGCUGUACCUGGAGUUCCUCACUAAGUUCGAGAAGAACUUCAUCUCGCAGGGCAACUACGAGAACCGUACCGUCUUCGAGUCGCUUGACAUCGGCUGGCAGCUUCUGCGUAUCUUCCCGAAGGAGAUGCUCAAGCGUAUCCCAGCCUCGAUUUUGGCCGAGUUCUACCCACGAGACUCGCGUCACUAAGUGGCGACAGUAUGGUGCUGGUUCGUCGGUUGUUGUUAAGCGUAAGGUAGAUGUUUCGCCUCCCGCACGGGCUGUCAAUGUGUGUAUGUCCUCUCUUUACGUCUACCCUUUUCUCCUUAGCUUAUCCGUAAAUUGGAGGAAACAGAUAUGUUGUAAAUAGUGUGUGGAGUGGCACUGCGAAAUGUUUCAUCCACAUUGAUGCAUUCCCUCACGACGAACGUUUGGAUGAAACUGGUUUUCUUUGAUUAAAAGAAGGCCAACAUUGGCCACCCUAAAAAAUACCACAAUUUAUUGCAUGCCACUUACAGAUGGUAAUCGGUGGGAGUGGAAGUAUUGAGGUCUCACGUUCGUAAUCGCAGUUGCUCUAAAUUUCGUUUUCGUGUGUGUCUUCAGCUGACUUGGCUGACGUCAAAGAUGGUCUUUGGAUAAUUUUUGUGUACCGAAUCGGUACUUGAACGCACUAGAAGCCGUUGUAGCACUGACCCCUCUAGCAGCAGCACCAUUAACCGCACCGUUUUCUGGGUGAUCGCGGGCGCAACAGAGUUGAGCUGUGUAAGUUCUUUCGUCGUCUUCGAAACGCACCAAACCAAGCCAACGAAACUAAGAAAUGCGAGUAAAUGUCCAAUAGAAAAACAACAUCAAAACUAUUGAAACGACGAAAGAAUAGAAGAGUCAACUUACGAGCGGCGAAAGAACUGACAGCUCGAUCGUUCGGCCAGGCGGAUCGUAAACAGCAUCCGGCACGCCUGUUCGGCGUUGCGCUUGUCGUAACGGAACCAAACACGACCGAUACCAUCGGUUCCGUGGGAUCACUCGCCAGUGGAAACCUGCAGGGGACGGUUGUGGCUGCUGGAGAGGCUCGUUGUGAACGGCUUUCCGGAAAGAUUAUCCUGAAACCAUCACUAGCGAAGAUAAAAAAAACAGUACGAACGGCAACGGAAGGAUCAACUUCUCCAGUUGAAGCGCACUCUUUAACUCGUUAUCGCGAUAUGCCGGCGCAACAAUCAUACGGUAUUCCUUGCAUCGAUACACAUUAUUUUUCUUCACAUAUUUUAUCUACUAUUGCAAUUAUCCUUGUUUAUUUUUGUUAUCAAGCUUUUGAUGAAGCGUGUGUUGAUUUGCACGAUUCGAUGUCCCACUUUUACUAUUUACUCCCUACGUAAGUGUUUAGCUAAGUGCAUAGCCUAAGCGUUUCCUUUUUACAUAUCUAAUCUUAUCUUAGUAUAUACAAUCUUUAUUUUGUUCGUCUGUUUUUAAGGAAUGUUCGGUAUAUUGAAAGAUUUGUUGUCUAUUUUGAUUUUUUCGCUUGCUGCUGCAAGGUCGAAAAACUUUCGUUCGGAUCGAUUGAUUUGUCAUCAUGGUGAAGUGAAGAGGAAUAAAAACAGUGGCCCAACCUCGGGUUUCGAAUAGAUGAUCCUUAACCCGACGUUCGUUGAGCGAUUCACAGUAACUGAUGUGAGAUGAAGCUAAUCUCGUCCCGGCUUACUGGUAGCGCCUUCUGUGAAAUGCCAUCACACACUAGCUGCUCUGUCGAUUUGCCAUCAUACGCCAUCGUACAAAACAAUGAUACCCCCUUUUAAUAGACCACGUUUACGACCACGUUUUACGCGGGUGGCUGUUUCGUAAUGGCGACAAAGGUGCUCCCGGUAGUAUUAAGAUCAGACACUUACUAGGGACGGACACAGUCAGCUUCUGAAAUCAACAGGCAUCUUUCAACCAAGAUUAGGCACCUCUUUCACUUAAACCCUGUCUGUCGAUCGUUCGAUAGUAUUUUGGCGCAAGCGCACGCAAUGUUACUUAUGUUAUAAUGUCCAUAAGAUAAGGCUCUACCUGUACGAAACAAACUUGUACGUUUUGCGAUAAUUCGAUCAUCGUCGGUCCAAUCCAUUGUUGAAUGUGGAAUAAGAAGAUAAUCGAAACAGUGUCCCGAAGUGGAAGCAGAAAGGCUUUGUAUAAUCACAGUCGUAGGAAAAUGUUACAACACCUUGUAGUGCUCGCACGGCUCUAUGAGACGAAACCAUUAGCUGAUGGGCUUACGGUUCUCAGCCACGCCACUCGAAGUAGGCACGGCAGCAUCCGAACCUCGAGACAACCUCCGGAUGUAGAUGUGUUUAUAACUUGAGAAAAAUAUGCCGAGGCCCACAAAGUCGUUUGAGCUCUGUUUCCAUGCUAUUGUAGGUAUAGCCACACAAAAAUAGACAAAAGUAAUGUUAGAUAUAAAAUGAUACAUGAAUACAUAACAAUAUUAUUACUGUAUUAACGAACGAUCACGCUGAAUAAAAUCCGAGUGCGAGU